UCAUCCUAAAAGAUCUUCCCAGGGUCCCAUUAGGGCAAAACCAGAACCUUCUGCAUGGUUAUAAAGGCAGGGUGGGCAUGCCAUUCUGGGCAUUUAAAGUGCAGACUCUAGACUUGUAUGCAUGCGUAGCCUCCUAGGUUAAGAUUUAAAAUAGGCUCUGGGAAACCUACUUUGGUAAUAGGGAGACUGGGGACACUGAUGGUGACUUGAUUCUAGGAUGGGAUGAAGGUAGCGAGGAUGGGAAGCAAGAUGAGGCUAACCUAUGGGGUGUCUCGAUGGCUUCUGAAAAGGGCCUGUCUGCCCCCCAGUACUAUUACUUGUUAUACCGUGAACUUAAGCUGCUCUUGAUGGGAGAGGAGAGAGAAGAUUAUUGUUAACAAACACUGUUGCAGACAGUGCACAUGCUGUCACAUUUAGUCUUCACAACAACCCUGCAGGUUGGGGAUUUACUUCUGUUUUGCAGAUUAGAGAAACUGAGGCUCAAAGAAGUUAGGGGUCCACCUGUGAGCACAUGCACAGGAAGGGGAAGAGCCGCCAUUGGAAGCAGAGCCCUGCCCCUUCCUCCUCACACCUGGCUCCCUGGGAGGCCCCUCCUCUGGCCUAGUACACAGCAUUGUGACAGGCAGUAUGGAAGCCUCUUUCCCGCAGUACUCCCCUCAGAGCCCUUCCUUCUGAGCUGGGAAGGCCAGGUUGUAGUUGGCCAGGUCAGUUUCUUGGGGUUCUGAAUUAGCAACUUUCAGCUGUGUGUUCUUUGACAUUUCUGAGCUUCUCCAGGCCUCAGUUUUGUCACCUGCCACUUGUGGAGGGGGAAGGGGGAAGGGAACCAGUAGAUCCAUAGCCCACCACGGGGCUCUCUGGGUGGUGACUAGCCCUGGGUGCUGGGCAGCCCUCUGGUGAGACAGGCAUAGUGGGAUGCUCGUUGCUGAUGGCUUCUCAAUGGGUCUUGGUGGGGGUCUGAGGACCUCAUUCCACCUGUCUCCUCAGGGGCCAGAGGCUGCUGGCCUGGCUGUUUGUGGCCCCCUCCCUGGGACGGUGGUGGGGUUUGGCCAGAAGCUGUGUAGGUGUCCAGAUGGGCCUUCCCUGGGGUCUUGGACCUGCAAAUGAGUGGUUUUCUCCCUGCCAGGGGCUGUCCCAGUCAGGAGGAACACCUCCUGCCCUCCUCAUUCUUGCAGCCUCAGGAGCUGCUAAGAAGCAGUUGGGCAGGUGGGGAUCCACUCAGUGACUUGUUCCAUGGCAUGUCAUGAGCACGAUUGGCAGGGCCAGGCCAGAUCAGUAAAAAGGUCGAGAGCUGUGAGGCACAGGCCUGCUCAGUGCUCGAAGGGGAGAGGAGCUCAGAUGUCCCCGAGCUGUGUGCCCUUGGGGGUCACUAAGCCUCUCUGAGCUUAUGGAAUUCUCCUGUCUGUAGAAUGGAGAUAAUGACUGUCUCAAGAGGUUGCUUGCACAGUUACAUGAGACAAUGUGUGCAAAGGAUGUGGCACAUGCCUGGCCCUUGGCGAGUGAUCAGGCCCUGACAGCUGUUAUUACCAUCGCUGUUUUAUUGCCCUCCUUUGUUUGUAUGUCCAUCUUAGAGCUCAUUGAGGGCAGGGUCUGGGUCAGAACCCUCUCUUGGCCACUCCUCCUCUUCCUGAUCCUCCCAGGGACAAGUCUGGUUUCAGCCCCAUGAAGCAGCUGGGAUGGGACAUCCUUACCAGGCUGAGGCUGUGUUCAGAGCUGCACAGUCCAGUACAGUAGCCAUUAGCCUCAUGUGGCCAGUUAGAUCCAAAUAAAACUUAAACAUUCAGUGUCUCAGUUGCAGUGACCCCCUGCCAAGUGCUUGGUACCCACAUGCCAUUGGUACCUACCUAUUAAGACAGCACAGGGUAGAAUCUUUCCAUCAUCACAGGAAGUUGUGCGGCGCUGGAGUCUCAGGGACUAUAGCACCAGUAUCAUCCUCACUGUGGCUCAACAGCCACCAGCCGUCUCCUGAGUGCUGGGCUGCCAAGAUAUUUGUACUUAUACAGAAACCGAGUCCCACAGCCCUUCCCGAAUUUCCUCUUGGGUAGCCUUGCUCACCUGGCCAGGGAGGUUGUUUCCUGGCAGUCCUUAUCAGCUUAGGGUGGGAGGGCAGGACUGGGAUUGCACAAAUGCAGCUGCUGCCUCCUGUCCCCACCCUGUUUCUCCAGCCUCUCCUGCCUGUCAAGGAGUCCCAGAGUGCUCUUCCUAAUUCACUGCUGUGGCCAGGGCCGAGGUGACCCAGACACUUUGACCCCACUGCUCCCCUCAUGCCUCUUUCCUCCUGCCCACCCCACUCUCCACCUGAACACGUUCUUGCUUCUCUCACUCCAGGCCUGACUUAUGUGGCUGGUCCUCCGGGAAGCCUUUUCUCAUCUCUCACCCUAAGUGAGCUCUCCUGCCUUGGCGGGGCCCUCCCUCAGACCCCAUUUUUGGCACUCAGCGCCCUCCUCUGUGGGUGUGUUCUUAUAUUUGCUUGUUCUCUUGGUUAGGCACACAGGAGAUAUUCUCUGAGUGCCAACUACAUGUCAGGUCAGUGCUGGGUGUUGGACAGCCAGAGGGGAGCAGGCCUCAGGCCAGGCUUUGCCAACUUCAGGCUGGUGGGGAGGCUGACAGUUGGCCAAACUGUUCCAUCCAGGCCCAGUGCUUGGUCUGGGAUGAAGGCUGCCUGGCUGGAGAGUCAGGAAAGGGGCCCCAGGAAGAGACGCUGAGGUGGAGAGGGUCAGAGCUGCUCUAGGCUGCAGCUGGGUCAGGGGCCAGGGUAGUCUUUAUGGCUGGGGGAAGUGACAGUGAUGACAGGGAGGCUGGGGGACAAUGAGGAUGCAGGUACACUGGGCAAGAGGGGGUUAAAUGUCAUGCAGGGUAGGUCUGAUUGGUGGUACUGGGUGGUCAUCUUAUCUCACUGCUGCACUAUCCCCAGGAGUACAAAAAGGUCUGAAUGAAUCCCAUGUUCCCUAGCCCUACAGCUGGGGACGCAGUAGGGGCUCAGGAGAUGGCUGUGGAAUCAAUGGCCAGAUGCUGAAUGAGUCCCUCAUGGAAAAAGCUGACGCGUGGGGCCUCUCCCUGCCCCUGGAGCUGGAGGCAGCCAUGAGCUCCAGCCGCCCUGAGCCGGGUCCCUGGGCACCCCUGAGCCCCGGCCUUCAGCCCCUGUCCCAGAGCUCUUCCAGCCUGCUGGGUGAAGGCCAGGAACAGAGGCCAGAGCUCCGCAAGAGUGCCAGCAGCACCGUGUGGCAGACCCAGCUGGGCGAGGCCAGCACCAGACCCCAGGCCCCGGAGGAAGAGGGGAACCUGCCUGAGAGCAUGGAGCUGGCGCGGGCCUCUGGCCCCGAGGCACUACCCAGUGCUGGAGGCCACUGGCGGAGCAGCACUGUGGGCAAUGUGUCCACCAUGGGUGGCGGUGACCUGUGUCGCCUGCGGGCCCCCAGUGCUGCUGCUAUGCAGAGGAGCCAUUCGGACCUGGUCCGUAGCACCCAGAUGCGGGGACACAGUGGUGCUCGGAAGGCCAGUCUCAGCUGCUCAGCCCUUGGCAGCAGCCCUGUCCACAGAGCUCAGCUGCAGCCGGGUGGUACUUCUGGUCAGGGUGGCCAGGCCCUUGCAGGCCUGGAAAAGGACCUGGCUCCUGAGGAUGGGACUUCUAACUCAGCCUGGAUGCUGGGGGCGAGUCAGUUGUCAGUGCCACCACUAGACCUGGGGGACACAACUGCCCACAGCAGCAGUGCCCAGGCUGAGCCCAAAGCCGCUGAACAGCUGGCUACCACCGCCUGCCAUGCUCUGCCCCCAGCUGCUCUACUCUGUGGCAUGAAGGAGGUGGGAGCUGGUGGCUGCUGCCAUGCCCUACCUGCCACAGGGAUCCUGGCCUUUCCCAAACUAGUGGCGUCAGUGAGCGAGUCUGGGCUGCAGGCUCAGCAUGGGGUGAAGAUCCACUGUAGGUUGUCUGGGGGGCUCCCUGGGCACUCCCAUUGCUGUGCCCACCCUUGGGGUCCCACCGGGUUAGUCCCAGAGCCUGGCUCUAGGACCAAAGAUGUGUGGACCAUGACCUCAGCCAAUGACUUGGCUCCUGCAGAGGCAUCCCUGCUGUCAGCCCAGGAUGCUGGUGUGCAGGCGGCCCCAGUGGCGGCCUGCAAGGCUGUGGCCACCAGUCCGUCCCUGGAAGCGCCUGCAUCCCUGCAUGUGUUCCCAGAGGUAACACUGGGGUCCAGCCUGGAGGAGACGCCGUCCCCUGUGCGGGAUGUGCGAUGGGAUGCUGAGGGCAUGACAUGGGAGGUGUAUGGAGCUGCGGUGGACCCAGAGGUACUCGGUGUGGCUAUCCAGAAGCACCUGGAGAUGCAGUUUGAGCAGCUGCAGCGAGCGCCCACCAGCGAGGACAGCCUGUCUGUGGAGGGCCGGAGGGGACCACUGCGGGCUGUCAUGCAGUCCCUGCGGCGCCCCAGCUGCUGUGGCUGCUCCAGUGCGGCCCCCGAGUGAGGAGCUGUGGCCCUUGGAGCUGGCCUGGGCCCACUGACUUUGUCCUAGACCUGGGCCAGGGAUGAUGGGGGCUCCGUGCCCCCUGGACCCACCAGCAGCUGGGCACAUCUCUCACCUGAAUAUCGGCUGCCUCCGGACCACAGGACUGCAGCCUGGGGCUUCCUGCCCCACACAGCUGGGCUGUUUUCUUAAGGGCUUGAUUUCCAAGGGCCACAUCUCUGCACCUUGUGGGUUCUGAACUUUGAGACAGGGCUUUAGCACUGUGCAGAGGGGAGAUCCUGAGUUUUCUGUAAAAAAUGACCUUUUGUUCACUCCA